GCAGCGCUGGCAGCCUGGCGGGGAGGGGGCACUCGGUACCGCGGAGAAGGAGGAGGACUAAGAUGGCCACCGGCCGCCACGGGGAGCGGCCCCGCUCCCUCCGCCCCGCCCCGCCUCGCCCGGCCCGGCCUUGAUGGGGCCGCGACGACCCCGGCCGCAGCGCGCUGCAGCGGUGCCUCCCGCCGGAGCCCGCCCGGGCCUCAGCGGGGGAGCCGCCCUCUGGGCCCGGUCCGCGGCCCCCCGUGCCGCUCCGUGAGUGAGAGCAGCUGCGGAGAGGAGAGGAGAGGAGGGGCCGCCCGCCGCUCCCCCCCCCCGCCCCGGCGGGCAGGGCCAGGCCCCCCGGAGCCCCCUGCCUGCCGCCGCCCGCGAACAAAGAGCUUUGGUGUUGAAGAGAAACCCCAAAAAGGAAUGGGCACUGUUCUGAAGCUGUUUGCCCUGAUCCCAGGAAUGCUGUAGAGGAUACGAGGGACUUUCUGCAAGUCAAUCAAAAUGAAUAUGGUGAAGAGGAUCAUGGGCCGGCCUCGGCAGGAGGAGUGUAGCCCCCAGGAUAAUGCGCUGGGGUUAAUGCAUCUGCGCCGCCUCUUCACAGAGCUUUGUCAUCCUCCACGGCAUAUGACCCAGAAAGAACAGGAGGAAAAACUGUACAUGAUGUUGCCAGUGUUCAACAGGGUGUUUGGAAAUGCUCCUCCAAGUACAAUGACAGAAAAAUUUUCUGAUCUCCUGCAGUUUACUACUCAAGUGUCACGACUGAUGGUGACUGAGAUUCGACGGAGAGCAUCAAAUAAAUCCACAGAGGCUGCAAGUCGUGCCAUUGUCCAGUUUCUGGAGGUCAACCAAAGUGAAGAAGCAAGUAGAGGUUGGAUGCUGCUCACCACAAUUAAUUUAUUAGCUUCAUCGGGACAGAAAACUGUGGACUGCAUGACUACAAUGUCUGUGCCUUCCACACUCGUUAAAUGUCUAUAUCUGUUUUUUGACCUUCCACAUGUGCCUGAGGUAGUUGGAGGAGCACAGAAUGAGCUACCUCUUGCAGAGCGCCGAGCACUACUACAGAAAGUCUUUGUACAGAUCUUGGUAAAACUGUGCAGUUAUGUGUCCCCCGCGGAAGAACUGGCUCAAAAGGAUGAUCUGCAGCUUUUAUUCAGUGCAAUAACUUCAUGGUGCCCUCCCUAUAAUCUGCCUUGGAGGAAGAGUGCAGGGGAAGUACUGAUGACCAUAUCACGUCAUGGCCUUAGUGUCAAUGUAGUGAAAUACAUUCAUGAAAAAGAAUGUUUGUCCACAUGUGUUCAGAAUAUGCAGCAGUCUGAUGACCUUUCUCCCCUUGAAAUAGUUGAGAUGUUUGCUGGGCUUUCCUGUUUUCUCAAAGAUUCCAGUGAUGUGUCUCAAACGCUAUUGGAUGAUUUUAGGAUAUGGCAAGGAUACAACUUCCUCUGUGAUCUCCUCCUCAGGUUAGAACAGGCAAAAGAGGCUGAAUCUAAGGAUGCUUUGAAGGACUUAGUUAAUUUGAUUACUUCCUUAACAACAUAUGGUGUUAAUGAGUUGAAGCCAGCUGGUGUUACCACUGGAGUACCUUUCCUACUACCUGGAUUUGCAGUGCCACAGCCUGUGGGCAAAGGUCACAGUGUGAGGAAUAUCCAAGCAUUUUCCGUCCUUCAGAAUGCAUUUUUGAAAGCAAAAACUAGCUAUCUAGCACAAAUUAUUCUCGAUGCCAUCAUGAAUAUUUAUAUGGCUGACAAUGCCAAUUACUUCAUUUUGGAAUCACAGCACACAUUGUCUCAGUUUGCAGAGAAAAUUUCUAAGCUUCCAGAAGUACAGACCAAAUACUUCGAGAUGUUGGAAUUUGUUGUCUUCAGCUUGAACUACAUACCCUGUAAAGAACUGAUCAGUGUGAGCAUCCUUUUAAAAUCCAGCACUUCUCAUCACUGUAGCAUCGUAGCCAUGAAGACACUCCUGAAAUUCACCCGUCAUGACUACAUCUUUAAAGAUGUCUUCAGGGAGGUGGGACUUUUGGAGGUGAUGGUAAAUCUUCUUCAUAAAUAUGCAGCGCUUCUGAAAGAUCCCACUCAGGCUCUGAACGAUCAAGGGGAUUCAAGAAACUGUUCAUUUGAGGACCAAAAGCAGCUGGCUUUGUUGGUUAUGGAGACCCUGAUGAUACUAUUACAAGGAUCAAACACUAAUGCAGGUAUUUUCAGGGAGUUUGGUGGUGCGAGAUGUGUGCACAACAUUGUGAAGUAUCCCCAAUGUCGACAGCACGCACUGAUGAUCAUUCAGCAGUUGGUGUUAUCACCUAGUGGAGAUGAUGAUAUGGGCACUUUGUUGGGACUGAUGCACUCUGCUCCACCUAUGGAACUGCAGCUGAAAACGGACAUCUUAAGGGCCCUACUCUCUGUGCUAAGAGAGAGCCACCGCACAAGAACUGUUUUUAGAAAAGUUGGUGGAUUUGUGUAUGUCACAUCUCUGCUAGUUGCUAUGGAAAAAUCUUUGUGCUCACCACCGAAGAAUGGCUGGGAGAAAGUAAACCAGAAUCAAGUGUUUGAACUGCUCCACACUGUGUUCUGCACAUUGACUGCAGCAAUGCGCUACGAGCCAGCCAACUCUCAUUUCUUCAAAACAGAGAUCCAGUAUGAAAAACUGGCAGAUGCUGUUCGCUUGCUUGGCUGCUUCUCAGACUCAAGAAAAAUAAGCCCAUUGAAUGUCUUUCCUUCAAAUACACAACUAUUUCAAAGACUAUUGGAGGAUGACCUAAUACCCCUGGAUUCCGUCUCACCUAUGUUAAGACACUGCAGCAAACUUUUUAUUUACCUCUACAAGGUAGCAACAGAUUCUUUUGACAGUCGUGCAGAACAGAUCCCUCCUUGCCUGACAAAUGAGACUUCUCUCCCCUCUCCCUGGGGUACGCCAGCUUUGUCCAGGAAAAGGCACACAUAUCAUUCUGUUUCGACACCUCCUGUUUGCCCUCAGAAAAACAUACCUGAUGUGAAACUCCAGACAGGUUCCACGUCUGUGCAAAGCUCUGACGCAGUUGUUAUCCACCCUGGUGCUAUGCUUGCAAUGCUGGAUCUCCUGGCCUCUGUUGGAUCAACUACACACCCAGAGCAUGCGCUGGAUCUCCAGCUAGCAGUGGCCAAUAUCCUGCAAUCUCUUGUACACACAGAGCGAAACCAGCAAGUCAUGUGCGAAGCUGGGCUUCAUGCACGACUUCUACAAAGAUGCAGUGCUGCUCUGGCUGAUGAGGACCAUUCUCUGCAUCCCCCACUUCAGAGGAUGUUUGAAAGACUGGCUUCCCAGGCCCUGCAGCCAAUGGUGCUGAGGGAAUUUUUAUGCUUGGGAAAUCCUUUAAAUUGCGGAGCUUGGGACAAAAAGCUGUUGAAGCAGUACCGAGUGCACAAACCGAGCUCACUGAGUUUUGAACCGGAAAUGAGAAAUAGCAUGGUUACCUCGAUGGAAGGUCUGGGUUCAGACAGCGUCUUUGGUUUGCAUGAAGACAGCCACUAUCGGAUAAGCAAGAGUCUGCUCAAGCCAGCAGAAGGCAGCACUGUGCCCCUGACAAGAGUCAAGUGCCUGGUGUCCAUGACAACGCCACACGACAUCAGGCUUCAUGGAUCAUCCCUUACUCCUGCCUUCAUCGAAUUUGACACCUCUCUCGAGGGGUUCGGCUGCCUGUUCUUGCCAAGUUUGGCUCCACAUAAUGCACCUACCAAUAACGCUGUCACAACAGGACUUAUUGAUGGUGCAGUUGUCAGUGGUAUUGGAACUGGUGAACGAUUUUUCCCACCGCCAUCUGGUUUAAGCUACUCAACUUGGUUUUGCAUUGAACAUUUUAGUACACCUCCUAAUAACCAUCCUGUCAGACUUCUUACUGUAGUGCGGCGUGCAAAUUCCUCAGAGCAGCAUUAUGUGUGCCUUGCCAUUGUCCUCUCAGCAAAAGACCGAUCACUAAUUGUUUCAACUAAAGAAGAAUUACUUCAGAAUUAUGUUGAUGACUUCAGUGAAGAAUCAUCAUUUUACGAAAUUCUUCCUUGUUGUGCCCGUUUUCGCUGCGGUGAGCUCAUUGCAGAAGGCCAGUGGCAUCACCUACUUCUGGUCAUGAGUAAAGGCAUGUUAAAGAACAGCACAGCUGCGCUCUACCUUGAUGGACAGCUUGUUAACACUGUUAAGCUUCACUAUAUUCAUAGUAGUCCUAGUGGCUCUGGUUCUGCUAAUCCUCCUGUAGUCAGCACUGUCUAUGCCUAUAUUGGCACACCACCUGCACAGCGCCAGCUCUCUUCGUUGGUGUGGCGUUUGGGCCCUACACAUUUCCUGGAGGAUGUUUUGCCUGCCCCAGGUGUUAGUACCAUUUAUGAGCUGGGACCAAAUUAUGUUGGAAGCUUUCAAGCAGUAUACGUACCGUGCAAAGAUUCCAAAUGUGAGGGAAACAACCCAUCUCCAGUAUCUUUAGUACCUGAAGAGAAGGUCUCUUUUGGUCUCUAUGCUCUCUCGGUUUCUUCAUUUACAGUUGCAAAAAUAAGGAAAGUUUACAACAAGUUGGAUAGCAAAGCCAUUGCUAAACAGCUGGCAAUUUCUUCUCAUGAAAAUGCCACACCUGUGAAGCUGGUACAUAACUCAGCAGGGCACUUGAACGGACCUGCACGCUCCAUUGGUGCAGCUUUGAUAGGAUAUUUGGGAGUAAGAACAUUUGUCCCCAAGCCUGUUGCCACUAUACUGCAGUACAUUGGUGGAGCUGCUGCUAUUUUAGGACUUGUAGCCAUGGCUUCAGAUGUAGAAGGAUUGUAUGCAGCUGUGAAGGCAUUAGUCUGCGUGGUAAAAAGCAAUCCACUAGCCAGCAAAGAAAUGGAAAGAAUCAGAGGUUAUCAGUUGCUGGCGAUGCUGUUAAAGAAGAAACGAUCCCUUCUGAACAGUCACAUACUUCAUCUCACCUUUUCCUUGGUGGGAACUGUUGACAGUGGGCAUGAGACCUCUAUUAUUCCAAAUUCUAUUGCCUUCCAGGAUCUGCUCUGUGAUUUUGAGGUCUGGCUUCAUGCACCCUAUGAGCUUCAUCUGUCAUUAUUUGAGCACUUCAUCGAACUUCUCACAGAGUCCAGUGAAGCAGCGAAGAAUGCUAAGUUAAUGAGGGAAUUCCAACUUAUCCCAAGACUGCUCUUGACUCUUCGAGAUACGUCUCUGUCCCAGCCUACUAUUGCUGCAAUUAGUAAUGUGCUGAGCUUUUUGCUUCAAGGCUUCCCCAGCAGCUACGACUUGCUCAGGUUUGGACAGUUCAUCUCUUCCACUUUACCUACGUUUGCAGUCUGUGAGAAGUUUGUAGUCAUGGAAAUAAACAAUGAAGAAAAGCUUGACACCGGAACAGAAGAUGAUUUUGGAGGACUUGUUUCAGCUAACCUUAUUCUCCUGCGGAACAGGCUUUUAGAUAUACUCCUGAAACUUCUAUAUACAUCUAAAGAGAAGACAACUGUUAAUUUGCAGGCUUGUGAAGAACUGGUCAAGACCCUGGGUUUUGAUUGGAUUAUGAUGUUCAUGGAAGAACAUCUGCAUUCCACCACGGUCACAGCUGCCAUGCGAAUUCUUGUGGUCUUGUUGAGUAAUCAGUCCAUCCUUAUUAAAUUUAAGGAAGGUCUCAGUGGUGGAGGCUGGCUUGAUCAGACGGAUUCAGUCUUGACCAAUAAGAUUGGUACUGUGCUAGGGUUCAAUGUUGGCAGGAGCGCUGGAGGCAGAUCAACAGUCCGGGAGAUUAACCGGGAUGCGUGUCAUUUCCCGGGCUUUCCUGUCCUGCAGUCCCUUCUCCCUAAGCAUACUAAUGUACCUGCACUCUACUUCCUCCUCAUGGCCCUUUUCCUGCAGCAGCCAGUCACUGAACUGCCUGAAAACCUGCAGGUCAGUGCACCUGUCAUCAGCAGCCAGUGUAAUCAGGGGUCCCAGUUUGACUUAGACUCUAUUUGGACAUUUAUAUUUGGAGUUCCUGCCUCGUGUGGCACCAUUACCUCUUCAGUACAUAGUGUUUGCACAGAAGCUGCCUUCUUGUUAUUGGGAAUGCUGAGGAGCAUGCUGAAUUCUCCUUGGCAGUCUGAGGAAGAAGGCUCUUGGCUUCGAGAAUAUCCUGUCACAUUGAUGCAGUUCUUUCGCUAUUUGUAUCACAAUGUGCCGGACCUAGUUUCCUUAUGGAUGAGCCCAGAGUUCCUGUGUGCAUUGGCAGCAACUGUGUUUCCUUUCAACAUAAGACCUUACUCUGAGAUGGUAGGAAAUGCAGUCUCUGAUCUUGAUGAUGAAGUUGGGUCCCCAGCUGAAGAGUUCAAAGCCUUUGCAGCUGAUUCUGGCAUGAACAGGAGCCAGUCGGAAUACUGCAAUGUUGGCACCAAGACGUACCUAACUAACCAUCCUGCCAAGAAGUUUGUGUUUGAUUUCAUGCGGGUACUGAUCAUUGAUAACUUAUGUCUCACACCAGCCAGCAAACAGACUCCACUGGUAGAUCUUUUGCUAGAGGCUUCCCCUGAAAGAUCAACACGAACACAGCAGAAGGAGUUUCAGACGUAUGUUCUGGAUAGCGUGAUGGACCACCUACUUGCAGCUGAUGUUUUAUUGGGUGAAGAUGCAUCUCUGCCUAUAACAAGUGGAGGAAGCUACCACGUGCUGGUGAACAAUGUGUUUUAUUUUACACAGCGUGUGGUAGAUAAGCUUUGGCAGGGCAUGUUCAACAAAGAAUCCAAACUUCUUGUGGAAUUCAUAAUCCAACUCAUUGCACAGUCAAAAAGAAGAUCUCAGGGACUAUCACUGGAUGCUAUUUAUCACUGCCUGAACAGGACCAUCUUGUAUCAGUUCUCAAGAGCCCACAAAACUGUUCCUCAGCAAGUGGCUCUCCUUGAUUCUCUGAGGGUCCUUACUGUGAACAGAAACUUAAUUUUGGGACCUGGAAAUCAUGACCAAGAGUUCAUCAGCUGUCUAGCUCACUGCUUGAUUAACCUGCAUGUGGGAAGCAAUGUUGAUGGGUUUGGAUUGGAAGCAGAAGCCAGGAUGACUACUUGGCACAUUAUGAUCCCCUCUGAUAUAGAGCCAGAUGGAGUCUACAAUCAAGAUGUCAGUGAAGGUCGCCAGCUUCUUUUAAAAGCUAUAAACAGAGUAUGGACAGAGUUGAUUCACAGUAAGAAACAGGUGUUAGAAGAAGUUUUCAAAGUGAUGCUACCUGUCAAUGAUCGUGGCCAAGUGGAUAUAACUGUUGCAAGACCUUUAAUUGAGGAAGCGAGUUUAAAGUGUUGGCAAAAUCAUUUGGCCCAUGAGAAGAAGUGCAUCAGUAGAGGGGAGGCCUUGGUUCCGACCACACAGUCCAAACUUUCACGAGUUAGCAGCGGGUUUGGCCUCUCUAAACUAACUGGUUCCAGGAGAAACCGGAAGGAGAGCGGGCUCAAUAAACACAAUCUUUCUACACAGGAAAUUUCCCAGUGGAUGUUUACCCACAUUGCAGUGGUUCGGGACCUGGUUGAUAUGCAGUAUAAGGAAUAUCAGGAGCGUCAGCAGAAUGCAUUAAAAUAUGUGACAGAAGAGUGGUCUCAAAUUGAAUAUGAGUUACUACGAGAGCGAGGUUUGUGGGGUCCCCCCAUUGGUUCCCAUCUUGACAAGUGGAUGUUGGAGAUGACAGAGGGUCCCUGUAGAAUGAGGAAGAAGAUGGUUCGAAAUGACAUGUUUUAUAUUCAGUAUCCCUACAUGCCUGAAGCUGAGCAAGAAACAAACUUGCUGUAUGACCUCUCAAGUAGACUUCCUGAGACAUCUGAUGAUGGCAUUCCUCAAAAGAAACCUGCUCGCUACCGGAGGGCUAUAAGUUAUGACAGUAAGGAGUACUACAUGCGCCUAGCUUCUGGAAACCCUGCAGUCUUCCAGGACACCAUAGAAGAAAAUACAGUGGGUGAAACCACUCAGCAGGAGCCAGAACACGGAGAAGACACGAUUGCAAGAGUCAGAGGCCUAGUGAAGCCUCCCCUGAAACGAUCUCGCUCUGCUCCUGAUGGAGGAGAUGAUGAGAACCAGGAGCAAUCACAAGAUCAAGUUGUUGAGGGGAGUUCAAUUGAUGAAGAGGAGAAGACUGACAAUACAACUUUGCUUCGACUUCUUGAAGAAGGAGAGAAGAUUCAGCAUAUGUACCGCUGUGCUCGAGUUCAGGGCCUUGACACUAGCGAAGGGCUUCUUCUCUUUGGGAAAGAGCACUUCUAUGUGAUUGAUGGAUUUACCAUGACUGCCACCAGAGAAAUACGGGAUAUUGAGACGCUGCCUCCAAAGAUGCACGAGCCUAUCAUACCUAGGGGAGCAAGGCAAGGUCCAAGUCAACUCAAAAGAACGUGCAGCAUUUUUGCCUAUGAAGAUAUCAAGGAAGUACAUAAAAGGAGAUACCUUUUGCAGCCAAUUGCAAUUGAAGUUUUCUCAGGGGAUGGACGGAACUAUCUUCUGGCUUUCCAGAAGGGGGUUAGAAAUAAAGUUUAUCAAAGGUUUUUGGCUGUGGUGCCAUCUCUAACUGACAGUUCGGAGUCAGUGUCUGGACAGAGGCCAAAUACCAGUGUAGAACAAGGGUCUGGAUUGCUUAGCACUUUAGUGGGAGAAAAAUCUGUUACUCAAAGAUGGGAGAGAGGAGAAAUCAGUAACUUCCAGUACCUGAUGCACUUAAACACUCUGGCGGGCAGAUCAUAUAAUGAUCUUAUGCAGUACCCUGUCUUCCCCUGGAUCCUCGCAGACUAUGAUUCAGAGGAAUUGGACCUUACAAAUCCCAGGACAUUCAGAAACCUGGCCAAGCCCAUGGGAGCUCAAACAGAAGACCGGUUAGCCCAGUACAAGAAACGAUACAAAGACUGGGAAGAUCCCAAUGGUGAAACUCCAGCUUAUCAUUAUGGGACCCACUAUUCAUCUGCCAUGAUAGUGGCUUCUUACCUUGUCCGGAUGGAGCCUUUUACACAGAUUUUUUUACGGCUGCAGGGUGGUCACUUUGACCUGGCUGACCGAAUGUUUCACAGUGUCCGGGAGGCCUGGUAUUCGGCGUCAAAGCACAACAUGGCAGACGUGAAGGAGCUCAUCCCGGAAUUUUUCUACCUCCCUGAGUUCCUGCUCAAUUCCAACAAUUUUGACCUAGGUUGCAAACAAAAUGGCACUAAACUUGGAGAUGUAAUACUUCCCCCAUGGGCAAAAGGAGACCCUCGUGAAUUUAUCAGAGUUCAUCGGGAGGCUCUGGAAUGCGACUUUGUGAGUGCACAUCUGCAUGAGUGGAUUGACUUGAUCUUUGGCUAUAAACAGCAAGGUCCUGCAGCAGUUGAAGCUGUAAAUGUCUUUCAUCAUCUCUUCUAUGAGGGGCAAGUGGACAUAUACAACAUCAAUGAUCCAUUAAAAGAGACAGCUACUAUAGGAUUCAUUAAUAACUUCGGACAGAUACCAAAGCAGCUUUUUAAAAAACCACACCCUCCAAAGCGUGUUAGAAGCCGACUGAAUGGAGAGGUUGUAGGAACCUCUGUACCCCCUGGUUCCACAAGUGACAAGAUUUUUUUCCAUCAUUUAGACAACCUACGACCAUCUCUUGCACCAGUGAAAGAGCUCAAGGAGCCUGUGGGACAGAUCGUGUGUACUGAUAAAGGCAUUCUGGCAGUAGAACAAAAUAAGGUUCUCAUCCCACCUACUUGGAAUAAAACUUUUGCUUGGGGCUAUGCAGACCUCAGCUGUAGACUGGGUACCUACGAGUCAGACAAGGCAGUAAUUGUUUAUGAAUGUUUGUCAGAAUGGGGUCAGAUACUGUGUGCCAUUUGUCCCAACCCCAAACUAGUUAUCACUGGGGGAACAAGCACAGCUGUGUGUGUGUGGGAAAUGGGCAUCUCCAAAGAAAAAGCUAAAGCCCUCACACUAAAACAGGCAUUACUGGGUCAUACUGACACUGUCACAUGCUUAACAGCAUCGCUAGCUUAUCACAUAAUUGUGAGUGGAUCACGGGAUCGCACCUGCAUCAUUUGGGAUUUGAAUAAACUCUCAUUUCUAACGCAGCUUCGAGGUCACAGGGCUCCAGUUUCAGCACUCUGUAUAAAUGAAUUAACGGGGGAUAUCGUAUCAUGUGCUGGCACUUAUAUCCAUGUAUGGAGUAUUAACGGCAGCCCUACCGCAAGCGUGAACACUUUCACUGGUCGAAGCCAGCAAAUCAUGUGUUGCUUUGUGUCAGAGAUGAAUGAGUGGGAUACCCAGAAUGUCAUAGUGACGGGACAUUCAGAUGGAGUUGUCAGGUUCUGGCGGAUGGAGUUUUUGCAAGUACCAGAAACACCAGCUCCAGAGCCCGCGGAGGUGCUGGAAAUGCAAGAGGAUUGUCAGGAAGCACAAAUAGGGCAGGAAGCCCACGAAGAGGACAGCAGCGACUCUGACGCAGAUGAUCCGUGCAUCGACCAGGAUGUGAAAGCUCAGGAGAGCCAGAGUCAACCAGGCAGCACCAGCCACAGACCUAGGUCAUCAUCAAAUAGAGUGGCAGCAGCAUGGUCAGCAGACAGUGGCUCUGACGACUCCAGGCGUUGGUCAGACCAGCUCAGCUUGGAUGAGAAAGAUGGCUUUAUCUUUGUGAAUUAUUCUGAGGGACAAGGAAAAAUGCAUCCCCAUGCUCAGGUUAACCACCCGCACCCCAGCUAUGCUGAAGCACGGCACUAUAGCAAGCUUAAACCAGGAUACAGAUGGGAGCGUCAGCUAGUGUUUAGGAGCAAACUAACUAUGCACACAGCAUUUGAUCGCAAAGACAAUGCACAUCCAGCAGAAAUCACCGCACUUGGCAUCUCUAAGGAUCACAGCAGAAUUCUUAUUGGUGAUGGUCGCGGCAGAGUGUUCAGCUGGUCUGUGAGCGAUCAGCCAGGCCGAUCUGCAGCUGAUCACUGGGUGAAGGACGAGGGGGGAGACAGCUGUUCCGGCUGCGCUGUCCGGUUUUCACUCACUGAGAGGCGUCACCACUGCAGGAACUGUGGACAGCUCUUCUGCCAAAAGUGCAGUCGGUUUCAGUCUGAAAUCAAGCGUCUGAAGAUUUCAUCGCCAGUCAGAGUCUGCCAGAACUGUUUCUACAACUUGCAGCAUGAGCGGGGUUUGGAGGAGGGGCCCAGGAAUUGAUAGGGUAUUGGCAAACGAAGAGCCCAUCCAGCCCCAAAGUCACUACAAGAGCUCAUGAGAGUACUGUGCUGUGAUCAGAAGGGAUUAGAAUAUUGUCUGUUUACACUUAAGAUUAUACUGCUUUUUAAGCACUGAAAGUAUAAGGGAUCACUGAAUUGAUUUGUGUUGAUGGAAGGUGAAUGAUGAGGUUAACAGCAUAUUUAAGUGAGAGCAAGGCCCAGUAAGACAUAGUUGAUAACAUCAAAUACAAUAGAAUUGUCAACCUCUAACUCUGUUGACAUGGUAUAAAGAAAAUCCUCACUUAUCCUAAACGUCAGUUCUUGUCUUGUUUUUGUAGAGCUAGUUAUCUUUACCGGGGCAAGAGGGGAGGGGAAGGCUUUUUAGAAGAUAGUUGUAAAUCUGCCUUCUUCGCAAGCAACUGUGUAGUUAGAUACACAGUUAUAUUAUAUGUAAAUAGAUAUAAUGGCCUUUUUAUCUAAAUAUGAACUUAACUGCCUGUUACACGGGAUUUCAGAUUAACCGCUAUACUUUGUGUGGCAUCUUUAUCUCAUCUAUCAACUUAAAUAUGAAUGUUUAAAUAACAACAACAAAAAAAGAAAACUCAAAGGCAUUAUGUGUAUUUCAGUUAAAAAUCCAGUCUGUGCAUGUUUGUUCUUUCUGUUGCCCACAAUAUCUUUAUUUAAAAAAAAAAGGCUAUUCAUGGGAUUACAUGUUUUUCUUUUCAAAAGAAAAAAAAAUUUUGAAAAUAGUACUUGGAAUAUUUUAUUCUAGCUGUAAGAUAACCAGGAACUAAAAUUGUACACUUCGGUUGCAUUUUAUACCAAACUGUUUACGACUUCGUGUUGUUCAUAUUUAACAAGGCCUCUUUUAUACAUAUGUCAGAGCUAAAGUUUUGUUAAUGACUUAAUGUUCAUUAGCAGCUGAUUCAUGCAGUGCAAGAACCAGCUUUUACCUUAUUUAAAUGAAUAGCAAUUGGCUUGCAUACAGGUACAGAAUUAAUUUCUUGUGCAUAGAAUUUAACCUCCUGUCCCGUAUCUUAUUUGCAAAAAAAUGUUUGGAACAACAUAGUUGUUGCUCUGAAACAGGUUAGUGCUGGUCCUGGCAGAAAUGCUUCUCAGAGCUAUCUUCACAUGUCAGCAAAUGGCAUGAACUCGAGGACAGCAGUAGAUUUCCAUUACCAUUUUUAAAGUUUUAAUAUGAAUUAAAUUGCAGGUUUUGUUUGUUUGUUUUUUACUACUCUCACUUGUUUUGCACUACAUGUGGGAUAAAGUAGAGACACGGACAUCCACUGAGAUUGGAACACAUGCAUCAGAUAGGCCCAUGGACUACUCUCCAAAGGAGGUCUUGACAGUGUUUUUUUUGUUUGUUUGUUUUGUUUCUUUAAUGUAUAUGUAUGUAUUUUGUAAAUGAGUGAUAAACUGAUAUAGAUCUAGGUACGUUGGCAGUGGAUUCUUCUAAAUAACAGUAAGGAUAUGACCCAAGCCAACAGAAGACAAGUGGCUCCGCUAGAAUGUCAUUGAGUGUCUUUGCUCCAGAUGGUGAGAUUGUUCUUCACUGGAGUGAAUUGGGUGGACUCUGGUCCCUGGACUGCAGGUGGUUAAUGCUGUUGUUGGAAUUGCAGCAUGGAAAAUACGGGAUCCUCUGUGGUAGCAUGAGCAACUUCCAGGGGGUUGCCAAUGCCAAGGGGGCACACUGUCUUCUCUUGACUGGGGCUUAUAGGGGAAAAUAAUUUGUUAAUCCUGACCACUUACUCUUUAACCUGGUAUCACAUGUUUAUGCACUGAAGGUUAAAUAUGUAUUUUGAUACAAGUUUGUUUAUUAUGUAUGUGCUGGUCUGUAAAAUGAGAUAAAUUACUGUUUUGGUAUGUAUACUAGGUCCCCAAAUGAACAGAAAGACUACUCAGCAGUGUGCAAGGGCUCUAGAGUAAAAACAGGUUUGAUUAAAUGAGCUGACCCAAAUAGAUCCUUCUGGAUCCGGACUGUGAUGAUGAUGAAGUAGCUACGUUGCAUGGCUCCCUUGGCAGAUCUAUUGUUAAAACCAGAGGGGGGAAGUCCUCAAAUGUGUGUGGAGUGUUUGAAUGUCUGUAUCCAGAUGUUCUCUCUAACAUUGCCUUGACCCUUCACAAAAUGAUGCAAAACCAGCAUAGUUCAGAAGAUAGGCUGGUAGCGUACAUUUUUUCUGUUGGAAGAAAAGGCUAUUUUAACAACUACUAAAUGCCUUUGAGUACUCAGAGAUUCCCUCUCCCUGCCUCCAGUUUUCAAAUCAAAACCAAAUUUAAGGAAGAAUUAAUUUCCACAGACUAGAGCUUUUACAGCCACAUUAUUAAACCCUAAUAAAAACAGGGCUACUGUGACAGUAACUCUGAUAUACUCUAAACAUGGAAAGAAAAAUCUGAGAGAGAGUAUUAGUGCAGGCUGAUGAAGAUCAUGGGCUGUGGGGUGGUGAUACGGUUGAUGGUGUUUGACCACAUAGGCACGUUGUAUGGUUGUUGAUCUGGGUGUUUUACUUUUGUCAGCGUGCUAAAAUCAAGGUUGUUAUGCCUUGCAAAGUCUGUAACAUAGAGUUUAGUCCAAAUUUGCAUUUUGCAAACUGAUAACCACGGCUUUCUGACUUAUUUCUUUGGUUGAGCUGUUCCAAAUACACGUUCUUACAAGUAAGAGGUGUGGAAGGGAAAAAAAAAAAAAAAACACAAAACAAAACACCUGCUGGUAUUCCCUCUGGCAACUGGUGCUGUGGGCAACCGCUUUGUUCACUUGGGAGUGGUUUUUCUUUUCAAGGUUCUAAUGCAAAUACUUUGUUUUCCAUGUAAAAAUUUGUUGCGCAAAAAUAUACUCAUGUACACUAACAUCAGUAGACUGUAAUCUCUGCAAGUACCUCACACAUCUUCACCUGCCUUGUUCUUUGUAGGAUAUUUACUCAUGUACUCUUAACAUUCAUAUGUAGUGUGCAACUGUAAUGUCACGCUUAUGAGAGGAGUUGGCUGCCUCCAGCCUACAGUCAUCAAUUCAAUAGCAAAACACUUUAGAUAAGUUAUUUUGCACUUUCUUAUGUAUAAAAUUAGUAGAUACUUAUAUUUGCUCUGUAUCAUUUAAAGACUUCUUUUGUUUCAGUAAAUGAACUGUGUAUAAAAUAUUUAUGCAGUUACAACUGUUUUUAGAAAGUAUUUUUAAUUUCAGCAAGUUUGGUUACUUGUUGCAUGACUAUUAACAGAGCUGACUUUUUGUGUCAGUACAAUGUAUAUUUUUUUUGUCCUGUUAUUAACUUGUAAGCCCUAGUUAAAUGACCAUUUAUUUGUACAGCAUCAGGAGUAAAUUGAAGAUAACUGGCUAAGACUGGAGUGUGGAAUUUUGUACUAUAUUGUAGAAUCCAAUAUCUGUUUUUUGGUGGUUAUGUAAAAGGCCUGACGAUUUACUAUCUAGUGUGCAAUCUGUGAUAUCUGAAUGUUCAUUGUAUAUUUGUCUCCAAUGCAAAAAGGUAGAGUAACACAAUUACAAUACAUGAUUAAAUGCAAUAGUUCAGGUACUUAAGUAUUUUUUUUCAUUUCAAAUAAAUACCUGCUAUUUACCACCAAAAAGCUGUUUUGCAUUUGUUGGAAAGAAGCAACAUUUGCAGCUGAAUAAACAUUUUUAAAAUGGGAGUGGUAA